AUGGCGAAAAUCCCUGAAUCCGAAAUCCCUUUUCCGCAUAGAGAAGGAGUCAUUUUUAAGAUUCAGUACUUAACGACUUGGCUGGACAGCGACAAGAGACCGAGCAAGCACAUCAACUGGAUCAGAGAUCUAUACAGUUACAUGAGGCCUUAUGUCUCGACGCAUCCACGACAAGCCUACGUGAACUACCGUGAUCUAGACCUGGGAAUGAACAAGAAAAACGCCAAAUCGAACUUGAAAAAGGCUCAAGUCUGGGGAGCUAAGUACUUCAAAGACAAUUUCAACAGAUUGGUGACGAUUAAAUCAAAGGUUGAUCCAGAUAACUUCUUCAGACAUGAACAGAGCAUCCCAACUCUACAUGUUUGA